AUGGGAGGAGGCAUUGCGAGCGUGCUGAACAACGACCUCGUGCUUCCGAAGCCGCAUCCGCCGCCGGCAAAGAAAGGACGCAGGCCUAGGAUUCCGCCGCUCCUGCAGGGCUUGCAUCAUCCGCCGCCUGAUGCGGGACUGUUUCCGCCGAUUACGGGAGAGAGGGCGGCGGCGAGCCCGAGAGUUGUGGAGAGUACAGAGGAACGUGCGGUUUUAGAUAUCCCCAGCGUAAGGGAUACAACAGGAGACCGAGCUCGAGGAGACGUUAGUCAGAAGGAAACGACGGUUCAUGUUGAGGGCUUUGCUGAGAAAGAGAACGUAGAUGAAAAGAGAAAAGGUCAGGGGAAUACAAGUGUCAAGAAGAGGAAUAAAUGGACGGAGCAGGAGACGAAGGAUUUGCUGCAGGGGGUGAGUAAAUUCGGGAUUGGGAACUGGAAGAAGAUAUUCGACUGCAACGAGUACAGCUUUCCAGGGAGGACGUGUGUUGAUCUGAAGGAUAGGUAUGCCAUAUCUAUUUAACUCUUCAGUGUAG